ACCACCAUCAUCAUCAUCACCAUCUUUAUGUCCCCCAUUUCUCCCUCUUUCUUUCUAGUUAACCAGAGUGACUCACUCACACUAUAAGCUACACAACACAGCUCUCUCUUUUUCAACCUUUUUAGCAGAAAAUCAAGGGGGUGCGACAAACUAGGUCGAUCUUAUUACGGAAUCCGAUAAUGAAGGCCAAAUCACCAAUCUUGAAUCCUUCUGUUGUCACUAUCGAACAUAAGAGAGACGCUUAUGGUUUUGCUGUGAGACCUCAACAUGUACAAAGAUACCGUGAAUAUUCGAGUAUCUACAAGGAGGAAGAGGAGGAACGAUCGGAUAGGUGGAAGGACUUUCUUGAACGACAAUCAGAUUCUGCUAAGUUGCCUGUAAUUGGCUUGACUGCAGAUGAAAAUAAGGCAGCUCCGCUUGCCCAUACUUUUGAGCAGGAAGCUGAUGAUAGCUCUGAUAAGGCCACUGGAGAUGAUUUGAGUGGUGAGAAACCUGGUUGUGAUGAUCGUCAAAAGGAAGAAGUGCCUCCAACUCAUCAAGCACAAAUAUGGGCUCACAUUAGACCAUCACUUCGAGCCAUUGAGGAUAUGAUGAAUGCCCGUGUUAGGAAGAAAAUUGGUGUUGCUAAAACUGAGAAAGAUCAUGGAGCAGAAAAACCUGCAUAUGAAGAUGCUAGACCUGAAAAAACAGGCAUUGAAGAGGAUUCUGAAGAAGAAUUUUACGAUUUGGAGAGGUCAGAGUCAGACCCAACUGCAGAUGUCCCUUCAAGUGAUGCUGUAAACAUUCAAACUGCCCCUCCAGAAUCAUCAAGUCCUUGGAAAGAUGAGUUGGAAUGUCUUGUGCAGGGGGGAGUGCCAAUGGCUCUUAGAGGAGAGCUCUGGCAAGCUUUUGUUGGUGUAAAGGCACGACGCAUCGAAAGUUAUUAUCAAAAUCUGCUGGAUCCUGAUACAAAGAAUGAUAACGGUAUGGAACAUCAGAUUCAAGCAGAAGAAGCAAGUAAGACAUCAACUGCUGAAUCUGCAUGCAUGCCCGAGAAAUGGAAAGGGCAGAUUGAGAAGGACUUGCCCCGUACAUUCCCAGGUCAUCCUGCUUUGGAUGAUGAUGGUAGAAACGCUUUGAGACGUUUGCUCACUGCGUAUGCUAGACAUAACCCCUCUGUUGGCUACUGUCAGGCCAUGAAUUUCUUCGCCGGAUUGUUACUAUUGCUGAUGCCAGAAGAGAAUGCCUUUUGGGCUUUAAUGGGGAUUCUUGAUGAUUAUUUUGAGGGCUAUUAUUCAGAGGAAAUGAUAGAGUCCCAGGUUGAUCAGCUUGUGUUUGAGGAGUUGGUGCGUGAGAGGUUUCCUAAACUGGUUAAUCAUCUAGAUUACCUGGGAGUGCAGAUAGCCUGGGUCUCCGGACCAUGGUUCCUUUCAAUAUUUAUGAAUAUGCUUCCCUGGGAAAGUGUUCUUAGAGUCUGGGAUGUGCUUCUAUUUCAAGGAAAUCGUGUUAUGCUGUUUCGAACAGCACUUGCUUUGAUGGAGUUGUAUGGACCUGCAUUAGUCACAACAAAAGAUGCUGGAGAUGCUAUCACAUUGCUGCAGUCACUGGCUGGAUCAACAUUUGAUAGUAGUCAACUUGUCUUGACAGCUUGCAUGGGUUAUCAUAACGUAAAUGAGUCGAGAUUGCAAGUUUUGAGAGAUAAACAUCGACCAGCUGUAGAGGCUGCACUUGAAGAAAGAUCAAAAGGACUUCGUAUGUGGAGGGAUUCCCAGGGUUUGGCGGGUAAGCUCUGUGGUUCCAAAGGAAAUAAAACAGAAAAGACAGGGGAUAAAACGACAAAUGGUGUACUAUCACGGAUGAAUUCUGAAUCUUCUAAUGGAGAUGAACUGUAUAUGGGUGUAUCAGGGGAUGUGGAGAUUGAUUCUGUUCCAGAUCUUCAAGAACAGAUCUUAUGGCUGAAGAAUGAGUUGUGCAUGAUACUAGAGGAAAAACGAUCUGCAACACUCAGAGCUGAAGAGUUGGAAACGGCUCUAAUGGAGAUGGUCAAGCAAGAUAACCGAAGACAAUUAAGUGCAAAGGUUGAGCAACUAGAGCAAGAUCUUGCUGAGCUACACCAGGCCCUUGCUUAUAAACAGGAACAAGAGAAUGCCAUGCUUCAGGUUUUGAUGAGGGUAGAGCAAGAACAAAGGGUAACCGAAGAUGCUCGUAGAUAUGCUGAACAAGAUGCUGAAGCCCAGAGAUAUGCCGCUCAAGUACUUCAGGAAAAAUAUGAAGCAGCAACCGCUUCCCUUGCUGAAAUGGAGAAUAGACUUGUUAUGGCAGAAUCAAUGCUGGAGGCUACCUUGCAAUAUCAAUCUGGCCAACAUAAAGCACAACCUUCUCCAAGAUCGACAAAUCAAGAUUCUUCAACAAUAAGGACUAGCCAAGAGCUCUCACAAGAGAUUCCUGCAAGAAAGAUCAGUCUGUUAUCUAGACCAUUUGGACUUGGGUGGCGUGACAAGAACAAGGGGAAGUCAGCUGAAGAAGCAAACGAUGAAAAGUCUAGCGAUGGCAUAGAUAGUUUACAGAAAGACACAAACGGUCAUCAAAUGGAGGUCUCCCUGGGCUGAUGAGAACAAGGUAACCUAUUUUACUAGAGUUUUAGAGCUAGAAUGGUCAGAUACAGCAUAUUGAAGUUAUAUGUUGCCAUGGAUUUGGCCAUUCUAACUCCAACCAAAUUCUAUUUGGUUCACAAGACCCACAAGUGUAUGUUAGUAGUAGUAGUAUUCGUGUUUGUUUUCUAUUUUUACACAUUCGUUGACAUUUACCCAUAAACCGCUUCUUUUCUUAGUUUAAGUGUUUAUUAGGAUGAAGAGAAAAAGUAAAAAAAUAAAAAAUAAUAAACAGGAUCGAUGUAUUGUAAGGAUAUUCUUUUUUGAAGUGAGAAUCCGUUUGAGUUG